AUGUAUUGUGAUAUUGUACGGGUUGUUGGUAUUUUCCUGUCUAUUGCAGCAUUCAUAGGGAUCAUUUUAAAUGGAGCUCUUGUUUACAGCUUUAUUCGAUACAACGUUCUUCGCUCAUCACCAAAUAUACAUGUGAUGUUCAUCGCAAUCAUUGGUCUUAUGGCAUCCUGUUCGAUUUUACCAUCAACUGGAACAUCAUCAAUUUAUUGUCGAUGGUUAUAUAGAUGUUUCUAUGGUUGUUCAAGUUCAUAUUUACUUUGUACAGUUAGUCUAAGUCGAUGCUAUAUUAUUAUGCGUCCAUUUCACACUAAUAAAGUUACGAUUGAAAACUCCGUUUGCAUUUCAAGCGUUGUUGUGUCGAUCUCUUUUGUUUGGUCGAUUUUACCAAUAAUUGGAUGGAAUGAAUAUACUUUAGAGGGAACUCGCACUUCUUGUUGUAUUAAUUGGUACGACCAACGUCUUUCCUAUGUAUCGUUUACAUUUUUUUUGUUUUUUGUUGUCUAUUUGAUUCCCCUAUUGAUUCUUAUUGCCAUUAAUACUGUCACGUUAAUUGGGCUUAAGCGUAUGCGUGAUAAAGCAAGGCAUGGCAUGUGUACAAUAUUUACUGCAAAACGAAUUGAAAUGGAACAACGUAUUGUUAAAAAUAUUGUUAUAACGACAGUCGGCUUUACAUUUAGUUGGACUCCGUAUGCUGGUGCAUUGUUUGUUUUAGCACUUUGUGGCAAACAUUAUGCUAUUCCACCAUUGGCUACUUUUAUGUGUGAUUGUUUUGCUAAAACAUCAGUUAUAUGGGUUCCAUUACUUUAUAUGAGUACGUACAAUUCGAUCUAUGUUGUCCUAAGAAUAAUUUCGAAUGAUUUCGAAACAGCACAUCAGACAUUUAUAUCUCUUGAAAGUGAAGCAUCAGUAUGA